CCACGAAGUAAUUUUGGCAAUUUCAUUUCCCAACCCAAAAGCGGGAAGAAGAAAGAACAUCACAGUCACACAGCAACAUUCAGACCAUUUGAAACAAAACCCAACUUCCGCGACAAGCUUUACCAAUUCCCUCUUCAAUGGCUCGAAACAAGGUUUUUUAUAUUCAAGCUAACAAUAUUGGUCAUGUAUUUGGGAUUAGGACGCCAUGGUUUUGUUGAUCGAUGUCAGUCCAUCAAUGCACAAAGCUCUUCCAGAGAUAGAAAAAGUUUGCUCUAUGCUAGCAGAGAAGAAGCUGAUUUACAGCAAAUAUGAUGAAGUAGCAGUUGUUUUGUUUGGAACAGAAGAAACUGAAAAUGAACUAACAAAGGAAGUGGGUGGAUAUGAGCAUGUGGUGGUUUUACAAAAUAUCAAAGUAGUUGAUGGGCAACUUGUUGAAACUCUACAACAACUCCCACGAGGAACUCGUGAUGGUGAUUUUCUUGAUGCUAUAAUUGUUGGGAUGGAUAUGUUGAUAAAGAAAUAUGGAGAAACAUACAAAGGAAAGAAGCGUCUUUGUCUGCUUACUAAUGCACAAUUCCCUAUUAAAUAUCCGCUAGAAGGAACUAAAGAAGAUCAAGUCAGCACCAUUGCUGAACACAUGAAUACACAUGGUAUGAGAAUGGAAAGUAUAGUUGUAAGAGGAAGUCUUACUGGGGAAGCAAAUAAAAGCGUAAUGGAUGAGAAUGAUAAUCUAUUGGGUAUAUUUUCAAAGAAGACAUGUGCGAAGUUAGUGCAUGUUGAGAGUCCAACUUCAUUGCUAGGUGCUCUCAGAACUCGAAAAAUAUCUCCAGUUACAAUAUUCAGGGGUGAUCUUGAGCUUAGCCCCAAAAUGAAGAUUAAGGUAUGGGUUUACAAGAAAACAUCGGAAGAGAAGUUUCCCACUCUGAAGAAAUAUUCUGAUAAAGCGCCUCCAACUGAUAAAUUUGCCACACAUGAAGUCAAAGUGGACUUUGAGUACAAAAGUGUUGAAGAUCCUAGUAAAGUUGUACCUCCAGAUCAGAGGAUUAAAGGUUAUCGUUAUGGCCCUCAAGUUAUUCCCAUAUCCUCUGCUGAAUGGGAUGCUGUCAAGUUCAAACCAGAAAAAGGUGUGAAGCUUCUGGGAUUUUCUGAUGCUAAAAACAUAAUGCGACACUAUUACAUGAAAGAUGUCAAUGUUUUCAUCCCUGAACCGGGUAAUACAAGAGCCAUUCUUGCUGUUUCUGCCCUAGCAAGAGCUAUGCAAGAUAUGAAUAAGGUGGCAAUUUUGCGUUGUGUUUGGAGACAAGGACAAGGGAAUGUUGUUGUUGGGGUCUUGACACCUAAUGUCUCUGACAAUGAUAAUAUUCCUGAUUCAUUUUACUUCAAUGUGCUCCCUUUUGCUGAGGAUGUUCGAGAAUUUCAAUUCCCUUCUUUCAAUAACUUUCCAGCAUCAUGGCAACCAAAUGAACAACAGCAAGAGGCUGCAGAUGACUUUGUCAGGAUGUUUGAUCUUGCACCACCUGGCAAAGAAGAGGCUCUGCCACCUGGCUUAACUCCAAAUCCUGUUCUUGAGCGCUUUUAUCGUCAUCUCGAGUUGAAAUCAAGGCACCCAGAUGCAGCUGUGCCUCCACUCGAUGAAACUCUCAGGAUGAUUACUGAACCUGAUAAAGAGUUGCUUUCUCAAAACGGAUCUGUUCUUGAUGUAUUUCGCAGCCGUUUUGAAGUCAAAGAGAAUCCAAAGCUGAAGAAAUCAAGUAGGCGAUUUUUACGAGACAAGCCAACUGGGUCAAAUGAGGGUCAUGCUGACAUUUCUGAUGAACCUAACUCCAGCGAAUAUACUUCUGCUGUUAAGGUUGAGAAAGUUGGGGAUGCUACUCCUGUCCAGGAUUUUGAAGCUAUGAUCAAUCGUAGAGAUAGCCCACAGUGGGUUGGCAAAGCAAUUAAGGAUAUGAAAAACAAAAUACACGACUUAGUAGAGGACUCUUAUGAAGGGGAUAAUUAUCCCAAGGCACUGGAAUGCUUAAUUGCCCUCCGCAAGGGUUGCAUCCUAGAGCAAGAACCGAAACAGUUCAACGAUUUUCUGCGCACUCUAUGUAUAUUCUGCCAGGAGAAAGCCCUCAGCAGUUUCUGUGAAUUUCUUGCAUCCAAAGAGCUCACCUUGAUUUCAAAGACAGAAGCUAUAGACAGUGAAGUUACGGAUGAUGAAGCUAAGAAUUUUCUGGUCAAAUCAGAGCCAAAGAUGGAAUGAGUGCUUGAGUGCUUUAAUUGGUGUCUUGUGGCUAUUUGGCGAGAGUUACAUCAAUGUAGAGAACCCAAAUUUUGUUUCAAGAUGUGGGGUUUGAUCUGUAAAUAUCUUGGAAGUACGAAAUGUGGAAACAUGAACAUGUUAUGUUUUGUUAAGCACGGUUUGGCUCACUCUAAUUAAGUUUCACUGUAUCUUUGGUUUGCUUAA